CGAGGAGGUCUGGUCCCAAAUUUGAUUUGUCGCCAUUAAUGCUAAGCUUUGCACGAUGUCGAAACGUAAAGUUCAGUUUGCUGAGAAAGAUGGAGAAGAAAUUCAAGGAGAAUCUUCUUUGGGUCGAGUCAAAGCACACUCUUUGGACAGCGAUGAAGAGGGUGAUGAUGACGAUGGAGUUAAAGACGACGAAAAGUAUGUCCUACGAGAAGAGGAUUUGGAAGGUCAAGAAGACGCAACGAUCGACUUCGACGAAGGAAUCAAAAUUACACCGUUCAAUUUGAAGGAGGAAAUGGAGGAAGGCCACUUUGAUGCAGAGGGAAAUUACUUUGAGAAGAAAGAGGAGGUGAUUCGUGAUGAGUGGCUGGAUUCGCUGGACUGGGUGAAAGUCAAAGAACGAGGUGAUCAGUUUCGGAAGUACAUCAGCGAUGAUGAAAGCAAAUUUGAAGACGCCGAUGAACCAGCCGAUCAAAUUAACAAAAUGAAAGAGAUUUUAGGCAUAGUAUUACCUGGGGAAACAAUCUUGAAAGCGCUCAGACGUCUUGGUGGAAAGGAAAGUGGUCGCGGAAAAAGUUCGUCUGCUAGUGCACGCUGGCAGCUGAAGGCGAAGAAAGCAAAAGUUUCCGGGGAUAACAGCGAACAUCCUGCUUCAGAGGAAGAUAAACAAACACUUUUAAAACUUACCGAGCUGGCGGACCAUCUGCUUCAAGCAGGGAACUUCAGCAUAUAUCAAGAUACAUAUGAGAAGUUGGCGCACAAAGUCAAAUCUAUGGAGGAAAGUCUGAAAGAAGCAGACGAAGAUGAUGCCCUGGAGGUUGCUUUUAGACAGGGGGGAGGAGAGGGUGAUGGAGCAGCCAUGGAGACAGAAAGUUCUGACACUGCUAAAACAGAAACAGCCAAUGAAGAUGAAGUGUAUUGGCAAUACAAGUGGGAAAACACAAAAAAUGCAACUGUGUAUGGACCAUACUCAUCAACUUAUAUGUUGAUUUGGAAUGAUCAGGGAUGUUUUGGAGAUGGAGUGUGGGUGCGAAAAGUUGGGGAAGAUGAGGGACCAUUUUAUAACUCGAAACGUAUAGACUUCGAACUCUACACCUAAAGCUCAAAAUUUUACAUUCACUGGUUUCCAUUGUAGUGGUAAAAUACAAGACAAGAGUCAUUUCUUGUCAAAAUUCAUGGAUGCUAUGUCCUGCAAGAGGUUUUGGACGGAAAACCAUCUGCGAAACAGUUCUUUUCAAUCCUUCAAGAUGCAUUUAUCAUUGUGUUCCUUGCAAAUAAGCAGGACACAUGAAGCACCCAUAAGUAACGGCAAGCAUGUCACCUUUUUUGAAAUGCUAUAUUUUGAACGAAUAAAAAAGUGUAAACAACUCUUCUACAGUAUAGAACAGGGAGGUAGAAAAAUAUUAGAGAAAAUAGCUGGGAACUUGCUUUUAUUCAGAAUCUUUCAGCAUAGAUCUUGGAUAGUUGCCUCCCAGGGAAUAAACUGUCUUAUUUCCCAGGCUGCUGGUAAAGGUACAGCGCUAAAUUUUAGGUGCAAAAUGGUGGUCAUCUAAAUUUAUAACAAUUAUGCUUGGUGUCCGGUCACUCAUCUGAUCGCUUGUCCAGUCACUUGCUCUGUAUUGAGAUAACUCAGCAUUAGUCUGCUCCCACAAAAUGUUAGAUGAUGCCACACAGAAGUGACUUCACUCUCAAAAGAAGUGACUUUGUUCCACAGAAAAGUAACUGCUCUUAAGAUAUAUUCCAAGAUUCUGAGUAGCAAUAAGAUAGAAACAAUGCCAGAAAACCUGAAGGUAACAAAAUAAAUGGGGGUCUUGCAUUUCAAAACACUAUGUUAAAAAUAUAGAAUUUGUAAAUGAUUAUCCGUACCCCAAACAAGCUGUGCAGAGUUGUUGUGUAUCAAAAACUGGUUAUCUAACAGAUGGGUAGAUUGUUGUCUUGUCUAGUUCAAAGUGUGAUACUCUUGCAUAUAUUGCUUGUGCAUGUGCAAGUUAUUUUAUAAAUACACAGAAGAUACAGUGCAGAACACCCAGUGGGCAUAUACAUGUAAUGUUUUAGUUGGAAGAGGAAGUACAGCCAAUGAGAAGAGCCUUUAGCACACAAUAAGUGGAAGAUCCAGAAGUACACAUACUUUCUUGCCCCAAGAAGAACCUCCCCCCAUGCAGACAUCAGUUUUGCAAUGAAAGUGGGAGUAGGAGGGUGUAGUUCCCCCAGGUUUACUACUGAUCUGAUAGUAACUCAAACUUGUCCAAAAAGCAAGCUGAAAGCACUUUGCUUUGAUGAAGGCUUAACACACUAAACAUCAGCUUAAUAAACUCGCUACAGCUGUUAACUUCAAGGUGAUAAAGGUAAAUUAGCUACAGUCACAAAAUGAUCAGGAAUUUGCCUAGUUUCGUGUGCCUCACUCGGCUUAAAACCUUGACAUGCUGUACUUACACAACAAGACCAAGAGUUAAUGUCCAGGCACUAGGCUAUGUUCAGCUCUCUCUCAGGCCUUAAACAUCAAAUUGAUUCUACAAUAGCAAUUUUGCAUGUCGGAAAUAUCAAGGAGAUUUUGAAAAAAGGGGGAACAAUAAAGUUGCCAAAUUACGUUUUA